UCUAGGCAGGCCCAGACUUCAUUGUUAUAUAAGCCCCAAACUGUUUUAUAAGCUUUUGUCGACACAGCCUUCAAGCCGCACAGCCUCGCUCGGUGUACACUUGCAACACCUCUAAAAGCAGUUUGCGCAACUUCAGAACGACAGACCACAAAACAUACAGUACUUCACGCCCACUUACAACUUAUUUCAAGUAGAGCCUCUUCUUCUGAUACCGGCUUAAAGCUUCGUGUGCAUCCGCGCCCACGCUCAUUGACAAGCCUGUCCACCAUGGCCCUGGACGCGGGUGUGAUGUCGGUGACGCUGGAGUUUGCCAAGGACCUGAAGGACGCGGACUGGUUCGGCAAGCAAGACCCCUACUGCAUCAUCCGCAUCGGUGGCCAGACCUUCCGCACGCGCACGGCCGUGGACGGCGGCCGCAACCCCGUGUGGAAUGACACGUUCCGCUUCAAUGUCAUCAACGAGAACAACGUGGAGGUGGAGAUCAAGGACGAGGACGUGGGCAAGGACGACCUGAUCGGCACGUGCACCUUCUCGCUCGCCAAGGCGCGUGAGAGCGGCAGCGACCGCAUCCAGGCGGCUGUGGUCAGCAAGAAGAGCCGCAAGCAGCGCGGCUUCCUCUCCAUCGCCCUCACCUGGGAACCCAACAAGGCGCUCAAGCCCACCGUCACCACACAGCCCGCCGCGCCUCACUAUCACUACAUGCCCCACGCCGCGCCCCUGCCCGCCUACUACGCCGCACCUCCUGCCUACGCCGCACCUCCUGUCUACGCCGCGCCCGCAACUCCCAUGGCCUACUACCCCAGCCCUGCGCCUCCUGCCGGCUACUACGCACCCGCGCAGGCGCCCACGUACGCGGCACAGCCGCCGCCUGCCGCAGCUGCCUACCCGCAGCAGCCGCAGCAGCCGCAGUACGCGUUUUAUCCCGCUGUGCCCGUCGGGCACUAGGCAAGCGCUUGCUUUGUAUGGAGUCAGCGUGCACUGGUACUGACAUUAGGAUGAGUGUGGGCUGACUGUUGUGGGACAAGUACAUAGUGACAGGGUGUUGGUUUCAUGGCGGGAGCAGGAGUGAGCAGGGGAGUGGGUGUGAACUGUGAAGCGGUGAUGACCUCGAGCGACAGGUGAUUAUUCGGACCCCGCAGCCGCAUGCGGCAUGCGAGAGGCAGCAGCCGGCGGGGGACUGCGGACACUGCAUGCCAUGCCCACCUGGACCCGGUGCCGUGGUGCAUGUGGUUUCCAUCACAUUACUAGGAUGAGGAAAGCCGAAUUGAUUGCUGCCAGGAGUGGCGGGGUGCCGCAUUGGAGGCCCCGAGGCUUUUGCUGACUGCCUCAGCAGGGCUACGAUGCAAUGUAGACGAGUUCGUGUCGGGCGUUCUUAUUGAUUCAUUCAUCAUGCUAUCGAAGAUGCUCAAGGAAAACGAAUGCGAAUGCGCAUGACGUGCUUGAAAAACGCAACACGCACAAGCGAACAUGUUAAUGGCGGGUAAAAUCUGUUCACACGCUGACGCGCCAACCCGAGGCUUCAGGGCUUCCGCAGAGUGCAUGAAGCAGCUCGAUUGGUGCUGUUGCACAGCACAUUUGUUCGUGUGAUGCUUGUUAUGCUGCCAAAGGUC